AUGCCAGCCGACUCUCUCUGGACGUUGUCGAUGGCAAUCAAUGUUUAUCUUACAUUUUACCGCAGGUUUGACGCUCCGAAGCUUCGCAAGCUAGAGCUUCCCUAUCUCCUCUUUAAUUACGGCGUACCUUUUGUUCCGGCGUUUGUAUUUAUCUGGGUGAAGGACCGCGAGGGAAAUCGAGUUUACGGCAACGCCACGCUUUGGUGUUGGAUUACCUGGGAGUGGAAGAUAUGGAGAAUCAUUGCCUUCUACGGGCCCGUCUGGGUUGUCAUCAUUACAACAAUGUUCAUAUAUUUUAAGGCCAGUGGGACUCUAUACAAAAAUAGGAAGCGGCUCCACGCCUUUCGCGUCUCCGAGAUUGAAACGGACUCUCUCUCUCGCAGGAUCACGGAAGUUUCCACCACGACGGAAGUGAAUGAGGGUUCUUAUGGCGUCAGACCGGCCGCCCGUGCUCUCGUGCGUUACCGCAGUGAUGGGGUUGGCGAUGCAGGUGGUAGGGCCGCUUACCCGGCCACAAUUUCAGCGGGUGAAGAGGAGUGGAGACACACGAACCGCGCCGAGGCCGGCAACUCCGCAUCCAUCCGCCCAAGCCCGGCAAUCAGGAGAAUAGAGCGACGGAUAAUAGGCUACGAAAUCAACAAGGCAGCUUGGUCUUACGCCAAGUAUGCUAUUCUCUUCUACGCCGCCAUGUUCGUUACGUGGAUUCCCUCGACCACCAACAGGUUAUACUCGCUACUCAAUGAGAACCGGGUGCUUUUACCACUAGAGUAUCUGGCAGGAUUUGUGCUCACGCUCCAGGGAUUCUGGAACUGCAUCAUCUAUAUGAAAACGUCAUGGCUUGGAUGCAAGACUUUGUUUCGAGAACUUUGCAUUGCAGUACAGUCCCGAAUUGCCGGGAUUCUAGCACCGUUGAAGCGCGAUAUCACCUAG